UGGCCGGGUUGAGGAAAUUAAAAUCGUUUUGUGGAAGAAAAGGAUUGAACACACUAGCAAUGAUCACUAUCUAUCAAUGUAAACCACAAAUAGAACAUAUUGCGAGCCCUUCCGUUUGCAAACAGCUUUUACUCUAGGUUUUACGCUCCACGGACCUAUAAUCGUUUGACAGCAUGUAAACGGCAAGCGUAAAUGUUUUGGCAUUAAUUUUUUCGUUUACGCUAGAGUUUACGCCCCGUCUGGCACCGCCAUUCAUAACUCGCCAUUCAAACGGAUUACACGGAAUACGGAAUACGGAAUACGCGAUCGCUGGUGAACCGUAAACAUGGCACGUAAAGUCACGGGGUGAUGCAAUGUGCGGUCCGAAUAACCUCAACAGUGCGAAGUCACAAAAGGCCAAAAGCAACUGCAGUUUUCGCGAACAAUCUGUACCGUGUGAUGGGGUCUCCUCCUGCUCCGAGGACGACGAAAGAUGAUGCACCCCCGAGUGAAGAAAGCCGCCGUGAUCGCAAACUUAAAGAGUGCCGAUGCAUGAUUUGGAAUAAUCCGAAAAGGAGUAGUGGAAGGUGCAGUGCCGCCGUCACACACUGUUAAUUAGUUUUUUGUGUUUGAUCAACCCGUUCGAAAAGGAAGAAACAUACUGUAAACAUUCUAGAACCCACUUUCUUGUUGCCGAACGAAGAAGAAGCAAAGUGGAGCAACACAAUGAGGUUCUACAUGAAACGAUCGUCAGCAAUCUUGCCCCUGGUGUUCGCACUGCUCAUCGGGGGUGUGAAUAUUGCGUCUUCUUUAGCGCCAGGGUCGCAGCAGGAUUGCACCGCCGUUGCUAAGGAUGAAGAAACCAUGCUCGUGUUCUCGACGCUGGGCGGUGGGCUGACGGCGAUCGAUCCUCUGACCGGCGAAACACGCUGGUCGAUCGCUGAUGAACCGGCAAUCCGUGUACCGGCCCCGUCCGAGAUGAGUGCCCAUUAUCUACCGGAUCCACGCGACGGGAGCCUGUACCGUAUGAAUGGUCUCGAAGGAGGUCUUAAAAAGCUGCCCUAUACCAUUCCACAGCUGGUCGCGAGCGCCCCGUGUCGCUCAAGCGAUGGCAUACUAUAUUCGGGAAAAAAGAGCGACGUUUGGUUUUUGAUCGAUCCCAAAACGGGCCAACGAGAGAAGGUGUUAGGAUUCGGAGGACCGCCAACUAACGCGCCUGGAGAGGGAUCAGCUUCCGAUUCGAUCGGUUGGGCUACCUCACGAGCAGUCUAUUUGGGCCGCACACAGUAUACCGUCAUGAUGUACGACAGUCAGACAGCCGAUCCGAACAGCAAACCAUGGAAUGUAACGUUUUUCGACUAUUCCGCACACUCCAUGGCGCCGGAACUGACGAAAGAAUACGAAUUCCUCCAUUUGACCAGCAGCUCUUCAGGGCUAACGGCAACAUUUGAGCAAAAGAAAGGAACCCCUCUCUGGCAGAAGGAUCUAUCGAGUCCCGUUGUAGCAGUGUUUCUGCUUAGUUCCGAAGGUCUACUUAGUGUGCCUUUUCAAACAGUUUCCGAUGAAGUGCUACAGGAAGUGAAUGAAAGAGCAAAAAGUGGCAACUACGAUGAUCUUAAGCUAUUCGAAACGGUGUACAUCGGUGAGGCAGGCAACAAUCUUUACGCAAUUCCUUCAUUGGUGGACAAAAAUACGGCUACCUUGCCCUCGGAACCCUCCAUCAAUCUGCUAGGAGGACCGUCCAAAAAUGGCCUUCCACUUCCGAGACUACCGAAUCGAGUUGCAACCGACGACGCAGAUCCCGGACGGGAACUCAUAUCGAAGGCGCGGGCCCGAGAAACGAAUGAAAAUAUUAUCAUUCUCGGCCACUAUCAAACGCCAAAGACGGACGAUCGCAUUAAGCUCGAUAUCUCGCCGAGCGCUUCAUCUUCCUCAAUGGGUCGUGGCUUUUGGAAGCACCAUGAGCUAUCGACAGUGCUCGUUGAUCGUGAUUUUAACCCAAGCGUCACACUACCAAAGCUACCGGGACACAAGACAAUGCACACCAUCGGUGUGCAGACGGAAGACGAAGAGAUUGAAUUUGGCGAAACAAAUGAAACCAAAUCCGACGAAGCUAGUGGUAGGACAGACCAUAUUCGGGCUUUGUUUGUACGAUUGUAUCGCGAAUCGAAACGAUGGCUUGACGCGCAGCCCAACAAAGUACCUACGAUGCUGCUGAUCGCUCUGUUUGGGUUGGUGAUCUUCGGCUUUUGGUACUUCCAUCUGCAAAUGAAAGCACUGCAAGAGCAAAGUCAGGGCGGUUCGCAAACAAGCAACUCAAACGGUGGGAGUGGUAGUGGUGGUGGAAGCGGUGGAAGCGGCAGCGGAAGUUACAGCGAACCCAUUGACUACGGAGACGGUGAGAUGCGCGUCGGGAAGAUCAACUUCAACGUUCAAAACGUGCUCGGCAAAGGUUGCGAAGGGACGUUUGUAUUCCGGGGCAGCUUCGAGAAACGAGAAGUGGCCGUUAAGCGUAUUUUACCAGGAUGUUUCACGCUCGCGGAUCGUGAAGUUACUCUGCUGAGGGAAAGCGAUGCACACGAGAAUGUGGUACGUUACUUCUGCACCGAGCAAGAUCGUCAAUUUCGAUACAUUGCCGUGGAGCUGUGUGCGGCCACGGUGCAGGAUUACGUCGAUGGAAAGGCAAACUCACUGGUAGCGGCAUCGACCACGUUUACGGUAGCGCUAUUGCGGCAAAAAAUAGCACCCCUGGACAUACUUCGCCAGGCAACGAGUGGAUUGAUGCAUCUGCACUCACUUAGCAUCGUGCAUCGCGACAUUAAACCGCAAAACAUUCUUCUAUCCCUACCCGACAAUCGGCACCGUGUGCGCGCCAUGAUAUCGGACUUUGGGCUCUGCAAGAAGUUGAACUUUGGAAAGGCGAGCUUCUCGCGUCGGUCGGGUGUCACAGGUACCGAUGGCUGGAUUGCACCCGAAAUGCAGCGUGGUCAACGGGCCACCACUUCGGUGGACAUCUUUUCCUUGGGCUGUGUAUUUUACUACGUGCUUUCCGAUGGUUUCCAUCCCUUUGGCGACAAUCUGAAACGGCAGGCGAACAUCUUGUCCAACGAGUACGAUCUCAGCAUGUUGCGGCGCGAAAACCCUCUGCCAGAUAGUCGCACCAUUCUGGCGGAGGAGAUCGUACGAGACAUGAUACAGUGUGAUGCCGCAAAGCGUCCUUCGGGGCGUGCCAUUGCCAAGCAUCCCCUGUUCUGGGGCAAUGAGCGUGUGCUCGCUUUUCUGCAGGAUGUAAGUGAUCGAGUGGAAAAGUCAGAAAUAGGGGCUGAACCCUUGCGCUCUUUGGAAAAAAAUGCUCGCUUUGUCGUGCGCGAUGACUGGAGCCGGCACUUGGAUGCGGAGAUUACGGCCGAUUUGCGCAAGUUCCGCGGUUAUCAGGGGUACAGCGUACGCGAUCUAUUGCGUGCGUUGCGAAACAAGAAGCAUCAUUAUCACGAGCUAUCACCGGAAAUGCAACGUGCUCUAGGAACGAUUCCGCACGAAUUUACCGAUUACUGGAUAAGUCGAUUUCCGCGGCUUCUUUCGCACAGCUAUCACGCGCUGGCAGAUAAUUCGCGGGAACCCAUUUUCCGGCAUUACUACAACGGUGAUGAAGAUGAUCAUAGUAAUCCACGAGGUGCAGCGAGUGCUGCUAGUCACGCCGGUUACAAGUUUACAAAACCGGCCUACUUCUAUCGAGACGAUAAUGAUAAUUACGAUCUGAUGCGUUACUACGAAUUAGCACAAGCGACGAAAAACAGCACAAAGAGUCCCAAGCGACGUGUUGGAGGGGACGGUGUUGGGCAGGACGCAAGCAAAUCGACGACGGCAAACGGCUACAGUAAACGGGGAACGUACAAUUUCGGAAAAACCGGACAAUCUUCCGGUGGUUUCAUCACAAGGCAACCUCCAAAGGAGGCUAGUGAAGCGGUUGGUAGCACGUAUGAAGAGUCACGGUUGCCUUCAGUGGCGGAGGCAUCUGGAGCAGCUGAUCCGGAUAGUGGUUUGAUUCAACGAAGAAGGUAUGAGGUUCCACGUGGCAUCGGCGUCGCUACUACUACUAACACCAACGCCACGGCUACUAAUCAAAACAACACCGUCCGACGGCGUGAAGCGGCACAAACAAAAGUCACGUGGAAUCUAGAUUGUAUCGCCACGCCAAAAGAGUAAUCGAGGAUCUUUUACGAUUUUAAGUUUGCUCCAAUGCUACAUCAUCGAAAGUGCAAUGAUUUUCUUUUUCUGUAACUAUUUUAAGAGAAGGCCUUUCCAAUUUGGCCUCAGUUUCAAUUCGUCCUAUUGAUUUAAUUUGAACGUGAAAGACCACGUUCACGUUUCAUAGUACUUUACCUACUUGUUUUGUUAAGUCUCUCUUCCUCUCUUUAUUACCGGUUACGACUGAAAACGAUCUUGCAGCAAUCACGUGCAGUGCACCUUCAGACGAAAACCUUAUUUCUUUAAUUUUAAACGCACAAAAUUGCUUCAAAUCAUUCCUUAGAGUAAUUUUCGAUUAACCAAUGAUUCUCGCUAACGCUGGCUUUAUACGAUCACCAACAGCGCAUAUCGAACGGAUGGGUGGCACACUUAUAGUGCCACAAGAACCCUUGAACAUUGCGAAAAAACUUAUAACCAAUUUACGACUUUGUCUGUGAUAACGUGGUUAAUGUUUAAGUCGAACGCAUUUAACCGUAAAAAGGGAAAUUCGAAGUUUGUCAGAGAAGUAAAGGCACCGAGUGUGUCACCGUGUGUGGUACCGGUUGCGCCAGGGGACGAUGCGCACAGCUGCACCACUUGACCACCCUGCUGCUAGUGAUUAGAAUGUUUAGAUAGUACGAUCCACAGCCAAUAGUAGAGUGAAUAAAGAGGAGGGAAUGUUAGUAAGCACAGGCAUACUUGUGUACCGAGGACCAACGGUCUCACACCCCGUGUUGGAGACUAAUCGUGGGUAUUUGUGCGUACAUGAAUUGAUGAACCUUUUUGUACAGCUAGCAUUAGAUAAUUUUAUGUUAAAUAAAAUGAUUUAUAAACUAU